AUGGGCAACGCCUGCGCCUCCGCCGCCGCCGAUGGCGCCUGGGAGCUGACGCCGCCGCCGGCCCCGCCGGGCGAGGGCGCGGACCGCCUGGGCCCGCAGCCGGCCCCGGCCCUCCCAGCGCUCCUUGCGGCCGCUCCGCCGCCGAGCCCGAAGUCCGACGCCGGCGCGCCGCUGGGCCGCUGCGCGACGCUGCCGGUGCCGCCGCACAGGAGCGCGGGCGAGGGCAGCCCGCUGCUGAGGCCCGCCGCCAAGGGCGCCCGCCACAGCACCAGCUUCGUGGGCGGCGGCAGCGGCGGCUUGGACUCCGCCGAGGCGGUGGCGGAGCUCGUGGCAGAGCUGAAGCAGGACUGGCUGGCGGGCCAGCAGGCGCUUGACCGGGAGCGCAGGCGCCAAGAGCUCGGAGAGCUGCUGGCCGCCUCCAGGAAGCUCGCGCGCGGGGAGGUCAAGCCGCCGGACGCGAGCCGGACCGCGAACCGCUACGGCGUGUGUGGGGAGCUCCCGCCCUUCGAGUCGGCGAGGCACGUGCCAGUCCUCGCCCUGAUCAACCCGAGGAGCGGGGCCGGGGCCGGCUCGGACAUCCUGGACGUGGCCCGCCGGUCGCCGUACUACCGGGACCGCUUCUUCGACAUCAUCGCCCUGUACCGGAGGCGCGAGCGGGGUGGCGUCCUGGACGUGUUUCGCGAGGAGCUGAACGCCGCCAAGGAUCGGGGAAGCUAG